GGCAAAAGCACGCGUGCUAUGGGCAAAAUCUGUGCCUUUACGUGUCAGGAAGGACUUCCUUGCCUUUCACUCUCCCGUGUAGGCUUUAGGCUCGGCUAGCAGUAAGAUAUACGCGUAUAUCUACGCGCUACGAAAAGCUCUCAUCGCGCUCCCCUCUUCAUUUGCUUCCCUACUACAGAGUACAGACUCCAGAGCCAAUCAAUACACAAUGGGCAGCAAUGCUGAGUCAAUUCCUCAAGUCUCGCAAUGCACGACAUGUUUGCUCAUCAGAAUUCGUGAUACAUCUCAGAAAGCUAUCCCGAAGAAAUUUAAUGAGCCAUCUACCAGCGAUGCCGGUCCUGCCACUGAGUCUGAACUUGCCUCUUACUCCAAGCCAUUUGAACUUGAACGUGAGAGGCACCCGACAGUUUCUUACAAAGAUGCUGUGAAUUUUUUCUAUGGUGAACCAUCUCGAAAUAUAGAAUGGGGACCAGCAGACCCCAUAGCAAGAAUAUCCUUGGGUACCUUCACUGAAAUUGAGGCUCGAUCGGAAUGUCAUGUUUGCCGUUUCUUGUGCCAGUCCAUAUCGCAAUCAUCCUUUGAGGUAGAUGAUACUCGAAACGUCGCCCUUGAGCUGGGUAGAACUUUUCACAUGAGAAACUGCGAGUACCGAGCUGCUGGUGCCAUCUUAUACAAGAAUACGGAGGAGUUCCAGCAUCAUACACAUAUUGAGAACAUAAAAUGUCCCGAGUUGGCGGUCUUUGACAAGAAUGCUAUCAAGCCCGAUUUUGCAAAGCCCGAGGUCAAUUGGAAACGUCGUCGACAAUGGUAUACCGGACCACCAUCUACGGCAGGCAAACGCAACCCCAUCAAUGAAGUAUUGCCCAUGGGUUUCUGUCUGAUCAAUGUACCUGGGGCUUGCCUAGUCGAAACCGACGGUGUCCAAGUUCCGAACUACGCGGGUUUGAGUUAUGUUUGGGGCAAAUCAAGCGAGGAGAUCACAACAACAACAGAGAACUUUGGGAGUCUCAAGCUCCCAGGACGCUUUCACCAAAAAGGCGUGCCGCUUCUUUUCCGAGAUGCUUUCAAGGUCUGCUCCCAGCUUGGCAUAGAUCACUUCUGGAUCGACAGAAUUUGUGUUAUUCAGGACGACCAGAAGAGAAAAUCAGCUCAGCUUGAAGCUAUGGGACGGAUUUAUUCCAAAGCAAGCUUCACUAUUGUAUCGUCUCCCUGGUGUUUCACAGCCGGAACACCACCAAUUCAUAUCUCGGUUGGCGAUAAGAUCUUGAUACCCACGUUACACGAAGCUUCAACAGCUUCAACGUGGAAGACCCGUGGAUGGACGUAUCAUGAGGGACUUCUCUCAGAGAAUCUAUUGAUCUUUCGAGAAGAUAUGGUGUACAUGUAUAGCCGUGGCUCCGAGAAGCUUGUGCCCGAGGGAUUCAGAGAAUUCGCAUCCAUGAAGCUUGGUUACAUAUCUGCUUCUCUUGUUCCUGAAGACGAGCAAUACUCGGACCAAGUCAACGAACACUCAACAAGCUAUUGACAUUUGUUUCGGAUAAAGUAAAUCCAUUCCUUGGAGUUCUGAACAGCUUCGGCGAGCAUCAAUAUGGACUGCCCCACAGAAUACUCGACCAAGCGAUGUUGUGGCAUUAUACCUAUGAGCCUUCUCGUUCGGGCCCAAAGAACCCUGGACAGGAAUUUCCCAGCUGGUCUUGGGGAAGUCCCGAUAGAAACGACCAUACUGAGUUAGUUUGAGAUUUGGUUUUCUGGGCAUGUUUUGACCUGAAUGAGUGAAACUGCCUCCCUUCCUUCUAAUACACGCCAUUGCUCAGCAGACUAGAGUCACUCACAAUGAAGGUGAUCGGAAUGCGG